AUACUGUGGUUGAUCCAUUAAACACCGUUUCUAUGUCGGAUGAUCAAAAAAACAUUAAGGGAUUUAAUUAUCAAAGUGUAAUUGAUUCUAGAACUAUAAAAAGACAAUCUGGUGUUCUAGAGAAUCCAACAAAAGACCGUCCCUGUCCUCCAAGAACACGCCCACCUUCGUUAUCUCCUAUAAAAUUGUCUAAUACUCCUAAUUUUGCAACUAAUGGCUCUCCACCUGAUUCGAUUUCUCGAGAUUCAUUCCAAAAUCUUGCACCGAUGUUAUCUUCUUUUUCUUCAAGACAACCUUCUCCUACUUUUAAUACUUUUAAUACCUCUGAUGAUGGCGAUAAUGAUAAUGAUAUUCAUUCUCUUUCUCGUUCUCCAUUGGAUAGAUUAUCUGAUAAUCUUUUGCGUAUAUCACAAUUUUCAAUUGGAAAAUCUGUAACUAUCCCUCUAAACAGUCCUGAGAAUGAAAAUUUACCACUUAAUAAUUCAUCAUUGAGAGAAUCUUCGAUAACUGAAAGAAGUUUGAGUAGUUAUCGAUCUUCUGACUCAAACACUAUAUACCCUUCAGAUUACAAUGAUUAUAAUAAUUACGAAGAUCCACAAGGCAAAUCUUUGAUAAAUAACCCGAUUUCUAUGACUUCCGAGCAGUCAAGUAAUUCUUUUUAUUAUAGUGAUUCAAAUACUUUAACGCCUCAACAUAUGAAUAGUAUUAGUAGUAGUAUUUAUUUACCUCUUAAUGUAACAGACACUUCGGAUUCAAAUGUAGACAUGCAGCAGGUUGUCUCUGAUCAAUAUACGAUAGAAGAUGAUAAGGUUGAACAACCAUCUAAUGAUGUUAACGUACGGAUCGGGUUUGCCAAACAACAAGCGGCACCGCUUUACACAUCAGAUGUUAAUUAUGUAAAACCAAUUAUGAUACAACUUGGAGGCAAGGCUUCAACAGGAUCCCAAAAACUUAAUACUUCUUAUGAACUACCC